UUUGGACGUCCCCAUCUCAGAGUUGAAGAUGAGCCCAGGAAAAGCCAAAAAUUACACCCGACCAGUUAUCAGCAAUGCAAAGGAAAAGAAAAGAUCUGUUAAAAGAGUCAAGAAGAUGCAAAAAUGUCUAAAAACUAUUUGUGAUCCAUUAUCUAAUGAAAUAAUAUUGAGUGAUCAAAUAUUAAGUAGUGCAAAACAAAAUACUCAUAUUUUACCUCCAUUUGUCAGAUUGAAGAGGUUGGAUUUUGGCAUAACUGAUCCAAAUUCUUUAUAUAAACUUUCAAUUCCAGUGACUGAAAAUGGAGAAAUUAUUAAAUCCUCUCAAAAGAAAACAAAAAUUAAAGAAAAAAAUAAAAUUUUAGAAUCUGCAUCUUCUCCUGUUAAAAACAGUUCGGAAGUAUUAAAUCAAAUAUGUGCUUCAACUUCUGCAAUACUAUCUUCAUCUAAAAAUGAUAUUAAAUUGCUUAAAGAAAAAAAAUUGUACCAUUCAAAUUCUGAUACUGCAUUGCCAUUUUCUAGAAAUACUAUUCCUCAUAUUGUUAAAGAACUAAAUGAUACUUCUUCUAAUCAAAUUUGUAUUAAAAAUGAUGAACUUUGCAAUUCAAUUUAUAAUCAUGCUUCUUUAGAUAAUGACGAUUGCCUUUGUAAGAUAAAUUCUAGUAGCUCAUUAAUGUGUGAUAUAAAUGAUAUUAUUAGUUUGAAAACUAAAAAAUAUAUUUGCAAUUGUGAUACUUGUGUACCUGCUAUAUUAGAUGCUUCGGUGAUUGCUGAUGCUUUCAAGUUUUACAAAUGUCACAAAAAAAUAUCAAAUUUAUCUUCAGGUACUAAUGAUUUUUCCAUUAACCAAUUAUCUCAUUCAAAUUAUUUAAAUUCUGAAGCAGAUAAUUCAUGUAAUGAAUUAAUAGGGGCUGAUGAUUCUUUUCCGAUCACUGAAGGAGAAGUUCCUCAAUCUUUAGCAGCUGUAACUUCCAAUUCAGAAUUGAGAGCUGUUAUGGAACACAUCACUGCAACAUCAGAUUGUGUAGAGUCUCGUAGUAUUAGAGAAAUUUCAGAUUAUACCCAUUAUGCUGGCUCAAAUGCAAUUUUAGAAAAUCCUGGCUUUAAUAGGAUUUACAUGCAAAGUAUUCAAGAAGAGAAGCAAGAGAAAGUAGAAGUUUUAUCAACAGUUAAAGAUAUUGACUUCUCAAAUGGUGAGAUAAAUAACUUUCAGACUAAUAAUGAUCUUGAUAUAAAGAUUUGCAAUGUUCGAAGUUAUUCUUCAGAACAAGUUAUUCAGUGUGUAAUGGGAGGCAAUGAACUGAUAAAUGAAAUGUCCAUAAAUAAUGAAACUGACAAAUUUUCUUUUUUUUCUAAUUAUGAACAAGAUUCAGCCAUUGAAUGUGAAGAUUCAGCCGUUGAAAGGAGACAACCUGCUGAAAAAAGUAGUGUGACUAUAGAAAAAGCAGAUGUAGUUUCAGUUUCUGGAUUAAUACAAAUAAACUCUAAUCAACCUUCAAAUAUUCUGAACUGUGACAUUUCUAAAUCAAAUUCUUUGACUAUAAAUGAAGAAAAAAGUACUGCUUCCUUAAUGGAAAAUUCUGAUAUAUUAGACAAAGAUGUUCAGUCUCCAAAUAAAGGAUCUUGUACAAUUACAGCCCAGAACUCACUCUGCAUAACAUCUGAUCAUCGAAUUCAAAGCAAUUCAAAAGACCAAGCAAUAAAAAAUAUUGCUUCUAAACAUAAAAAUGAAAAAAAUGAACUUUCCCAGAAUGAUGUAGGAAACUCAACAAAUGUAGGUUCUGAAUUUGAGUGGGUUUCAAGUGCAAAACAUGAUGAACAAAAUUCUAACUCAAGAGGCUUUCAUAAAACUGACAUUUUGUUUGAUGAGUUGGAUUAUGAACCAUCAGAAGUAGGUGAAUUUGAAGUGAGUGAGAGUGAAUCAAAUAAUGGUGAAAUAGACACAAAUGAAAAUCAUUUAGAUAUUAGAAUAUCAGCUACUGCAAAACAAACCAUUAACGAAGUUAAUAAAAUUCAGCUCAACAAUGAUGAUAGUAUUUUUAGACAUUCUUUUGCAGAGGAGCCUGAAAAAGAUUCUCUCAUGAUAAGAUCCGAUGAUGAAGAAGACAAUCAGUUAUUCAAUAAAACUAAAAUUUCAUUCAAUAAUGAUUCAGUGGAAUCUAUUCAACAAAAUGGUAUGUUUGUUAAUCAAACUGCUAAUUACUCACCUCUAAAUGAUAAUGAUAGGUGUGAGGACUUUCAUUCUAGUUCACACAUAAAUUCUGGUCAAGCUAACUUUUCCAAUUCUGCUGUUUCUGACUCUAUAGAUACUUUGCAAGAAAAAAAUGCAGAAAAUUCAAAUACGGAAUUUGAUGCAAUAAAUGAUCAUAACGUCCAAGAAAUAAAUCUUAACAGAAGUAUUAACUCUGAAGAUGACUCUGAAAGUGAUAGUGAACAUUCAUUUAAAAGGAAAAAUUCUAAUAGCAAUCAAGGAAUUAAUUCUGUGAUGGAAGAGAAUUCAGUGGAUAAAUUUAGUCAAGUCAAGGUGGAUUCUUCAAUAAAAACAUUGGAAGAAGUGUUACUUUCAAUUGAGGAAAAGUGCAAAAAUGGUAAAAUAGAUGAUGCCUUGCAGAUUGCAAAUAAUUACAUUCCGAUAAGCAAUUAUUCAGUGCAAAAGAAUAUAUUUGUAGAAUUAUUCAUAAAUGUAAUAGAAUCAUUCCGUGAUUCAGAUCCUCCACUGAUGGAAGAUUUUUGCUUAGAUAUUAUGAAAGAUACCAUGGGAAUAUUUUAUGAAUUAAAUUUAUAUGAAACUGAAUUAUGUUCAGACAUUAUCAUUGAAUGCUUAAGUAUGAAUCUUACCUUUCCAUUUGGACAGCAACUUUUUGCCAUUUGUCAGAAGAAUAAUAUCAUUAUUGAUCCAACAGCAGUAAUGUUGUACAUAAAUUUCAUUAAACCCUCAGAAAUGUCUUUGAUUGAAACAAUCUCAUUUUUAAAUUUCAUUUGGAAAUGCAAAGUCUCUCCUCCCAAAACUAUUCUAAAGGAAAUGUGGAAUCUUCUCUUUCAAGAUAAAGAAGAUACAUCACCUUCUGUAAUAACUGAAAUUUGUACAUUAUUGUGCAAUGUUGAUUCUUCAGAAGUCGAUAAAGAAGACCUAAAGAAUUUCUUAAAAUUGUGUAUUGAGAAAAAAUUUUGGUCACAAAUCGUUCACCUAAUUUCUGCCUGGGCAAAGAAAGGUUCCCUAAUUGCUUGUUUGAUUGAAACAUUUACAUCUCAACUUGAAGAUAUUGGGUUUUAUUUUGAGGAACUGGCAAAAGAAAUUUAUGAUCAAAAUGACAAUGUACCGAUUCAAAUGCGCUAUAUCUUUGGACAAAUGGGAUUGUGCCUAUUCAUGGAAGCUUCAUCCAAGAAACAUUAUGACAGUGCUUUUAAAAUCUUGUUAGUGUUUCACCAUUACAAUAUCAACUAUCUAGAUUUUCAAGCACCAAUGUAUGAUGCAGUUUCAUAUAUAAAAUCUGUUCCUGACCCUACUAUGAUUUUUGUGUUCCCAUUUUCAGUAGCAUUUACUGCUUUGGAUAUCUGUCUGUAUUUAGAAAGACCAAAAGAUGCAUAUAUGAUCUUUAAGAGUUUAUCUUUAACUCUACCCAAUGAAUUUGAGGAAAGUCUGAAAUUAGAAAUUUGCAGGCAAAGAUUUCAUUAUCUUUUAAAGAUAACACUGGCUUUACAAUCCAAAGAUCCUCUUGUCAGAGGAAUAAGUGCACUCCGCUCCCUUUUAUCAAUGGCUCAGAAAGAUUUUAUUUUAGAGCAACUGAAUGACUAUUCUAAAGAUAUCCAAGCUAUUUAUAAUAAAUAUAUGGUAUGCAUUUUAAAUACAGAAGAUGAAAACUUAAUAAAGGAAUUUUAUUCCUAUACGUGCGGUCCUCAAAAGGAGCUUUUUACUUUGGAUUGUCAAGUAUUACGAGGGCUUACUGUAUUCUUUGUGAAGCAUGGCAUGCUAGAAGAAGCCAAUAAAUUAUUCCUUUGGGGAUAUUCAAAGGAUGUAUAUGAAUUUGAAAAGCCAACAGUAAUGAUACCUCCUUGGCAAAUGAUGGUUAACUGUAACUGGACCUCAGAGGAAAUAAAGCUCACCUUUCUGAGAUUUGCAGAUACUCUCACGCCAUAUCUUAGGUCAAAGAAAAGGAUAGAUGAUUUUGAUAAAUGGUUUUCUGUGGAAAUAUUAAUAAAAAAUGUUACAAAAGUAGAUUACGAAGUGGAUUGUUUGAAUGAAUAUUCUGAAAAUCCUAUCCAGAAAAGGAUUUGCAAUGCUUUGAAAAGCGUAGACUCAAACAUUCGAUGGAAAAGUGGAAGAGGUGGGAUGUCUGUAGUAUUGAAUCCGGAAACUUUUUAUAGCUUUUGGUUCUCGAAAUUUUCAUCUUCCUCAGAGUCUACAGAAAUCUUCAAAGUUCCUGGGAAAAUGCGUAUUUCAUUUGGUGUAUCAUGUGCUCAAGAGAGUUUUGACAAUGAAAGCCCAAUGAAUUUUUCUGAUCUAGAAUCUUCAGAAGCUCUUAGUAACUGCUAUACAACCGAAACACAUUCUGUUGAUACAAGAGUACAUGAGGAGAAAUUUCUUUCUGAUGAUUUUGUAAAUUUGAGUACAAAAAAUAUUCUAGAAGUUCCUAAAAACAUUUUUUUGAACAGUUGUAGCAAUGACAAUGAAUUGUGCAUUCAAGAAAAUGUUUCCAAGAAUAUUGAUUAUUUUAGCCCUAAAAAAACUACUUCAAAUACUUCAUCUACUCCACCAAAUAUUGAAGAACAUAUUCCUUCAGCCAUAUCUCCUCAUUUAAGCCCCAAAAAAACUGCUUUAACUACUUCAUCUCCUCAAAAGUCUUUUUUGAAAAGUUCUGAUAAAAUUGUAUCUCCAGGAGUCCAAAAAAAUUCCUCUCAAGUCUUUUCUCCUAAGAGCAAUGGCAGUCCAGGUGGGAUGACUGUUUCAAAUACAAACUUUGAAAAUGCUGAUCAGAACUCUUCUUUUAGAAAAAAUAUAAACUUUGAUCAUUGUAGAAUUUCUCCACAGCAGAAUACUGUGACAAAUAAUCUUCCAGAAUCAAGUAAUUCUGAUAAUCUGAUCCUUCCAGCUGUUAGUGCCAAUGAAAGUGUUGAAACUCUUGAUCCUAAAAUUCGUUCCUCUUCGACUUUAAUAAAGAAAGGAAUUUCUACAUCUUGUUCAAGUUAUAAAAAGGCUACUAGAACAUUAAUAAAAGCCAAGUCUAAAAUUAAAAAACGACCUCUUAAUUUUGAGAAUAUUAAUAUUACUCUUCAAAAUACUUCAGUACAAGGUGAUGCACACCGAAUUGUGAAACCAAUGCCGGGAGUGAAACUUCAUAUUGGAGCAUCUCAGAGGGAAACGAUUGACUCUGGGGAAUCAAAUUAUAAGUGUAUAGAACAAACACAAGGUGAUGCACAUCAAUUUGUGAAACCAAUGCCGGGAGUAAAACUUCAUAUUGGAGCAUCUCAGAGGGAAACAAUUGACUCUGAGGAAUCAAAUUUUCAGUGUAAACACACACAAGGUGAUGCACAUCAAAUUGUGAAACCAAUGCAGCGAGUAAAACUUCAUAUUGGAGCAUCUCAGAGGAAAACAAUUGACUCUGAGAAAUCAAAUUUUCAGUGUAAUAUUCCCAAAGAUGUGUUUCAGAAGAUUACUAAUUUUUUGAAAUCCAAAGUGAUGGUGAAACGUAAAGAUUUAACACCUCAACAGCAACAAAAGAAAGCACUUAGCUUGGCUGAAGGCUUUAUUCAGAAAAAUGUUGUUAACACACUUGAUAAAAGAACAAUGAAGCUUCUCAAUGAUUAUUCAGAUGAGUGCCUGUGACAGUCUUGCCACUUUCUCCAAAUACCUUGUUACUGUAUGGAAGUGUUCCAAUCCAAGUAAAAUGGAGCUUAUUUUAAAGCUCUAAGAUUCUAAAAGGAGAUUGCAGCUAUAUAUUAAUUUUAAAUUUACUUUAUAUUUCAGUAGUUCAGGUGUUACAUGAGACCUACACAAGAUUGCUGUUGGCAUUGAUGCUGUAUGUAACUUUACUCAUGCUUAAGAAAGGAGAUGGAUGACUUCAGAGUUAUAAUUCCUAGGGUUGCUGAUAUAUCCAGUUUUUGUAAUGCCCUGCAUGAAUUUAUGACUGGUGAACUUUUAACCUUUCAAUGGUUGGGAGUUAUAAGGAGAGAAUUAUCAAGAUGGAAUUUUGAAGAAUUCCCACCAAAAUUUUUUAGCAGGUCAAGACUCUCUUUGGACAUAUGUGGUGCUUAGAACAGCACCAUCUAUUUCAAAAGAUUUCUUCCAUUGGCUGUUUAGGAUCUGGUAGUGUGGUACAGGAGCAUUGAGUAUAAUUAUUUCACCUUCCAUCUGACAAAUGAGUAUUGGCCUUUUUCAUCUAAAGAAUUAUUAAGUAGCAUCAUUUUUCUUAUCUUCAUUGUAGAAUGCUGUCAUUUUUGGGAGUGAGAAACUGGAAUGCCAUCACUCCAUACUCAUGCAGCAAACACAUUCUUUCCUUCAGUUUAGAUAGUAUUACAAAAUAAGGCUGUUUUCUUGUGGCAUGUUUUAUAAUUACUAAAUAUAUUGUCACUUUUAUAUAUUGUCAUUUUUCUAUAUUUUGUAAGAUAUAUGUAAAUCAUUGUUUGGAAUUAAACAUAUAAAAUAAAUCAA